AGGAAACGCCUGUGCGCAAAGUCCUGAACAACAGUUCUCACUCCCUGGAGCUGGAGCCAGGAAGCCUGUAGCUUUCCUUCCUGUUUGCUGGCAGGCACCAGGCGCUCCCAGACAGGGCUCCUCUGAGUGUUGCCUUGUCCAGACCAUGUCAGAAAUGCAGCUUUGUGCUGACUGAGAGGUAACUCUUUUUCUGGAACAAGAUUCUGAUUUUUCUGACACUAAUGACCUUAAACAAGAUGGAGGAUUUGAAAUUUGAUGCAACAGAGCGCCUAAGUUUUGACUACGUGCAGGGAAUUCUUCAGCCCACACCCACCUGUGACACCUGGGAUCAGAUCUGGAAUUUUCAAGCCAAGCCUGAUGACCUGCUUAUUAGUACCUAUCCUAAAGCAGGAACAACAUGGACUCAGGAGAUAGUGGACUUAAUACAAAAUGACGGUGAUGUUGAGAACAGUAAACGAGCACCUAUUCAUGUACGAUUUCCUUUCAUCGAAUGGAUAAUCCCAUCCUUAGGAUGUGGUUUGGAACAAGCUAAUGAAAUGCCCUCACCACGGAUCUUGAAAACACAUCUUCCCAUCCACUUGGUACCGCCAUCCUUCCUAGAGAAAAACUGUAAGAUAAUCUAUGUAGCAAGAAAUCCCAAGGACAAUAUGGUAUCGUAUUACCAUUUCCAAAGAAUGAAUAAAGCACUUCCUGAUCCAGGAACAUGGGAAGAGUAUUUUGAGACGUUUCUGGCUGGGAAAGUGUGCUGGGGCUCCUGGUAUGACCACGUGAAAGGAUGGUGGGAAGCCAAAGACAAACACCGCAUCCUCUACCUCUUCUAUGAGGAAAUGAAGAAGAACCCAAAGCAUGAAAUUCAGAAGCUGGCAGAGUUUACUGGAAAGAAACUAGAUGACAAAGUUCUAGAAAAAAUUGUCCAUCACACUUCAUUUGAUGUUAUGAAGCGGAAUCCAAUGGCAAACUAUUCCACAAUUCCUACCAAAAUCAUGAACCACUCCAUUUCUCCAUUCAUGAGAAAAGGUUUCUGUAUUUUCUUUUGGCCAUAAUCUUAAAAGAAUUGUCCAAUAUUUCAGAGUAUUUGGGGAGUUUUAUAUGGUUAGGAAAAAUAAUAUCUUUAAAGAAUGAUUUUGGGAAAAGAAGUUAUUUAAGAAACCACUAAUAACAUGAAAACAAUAUUUAAUUAGCCACUGUGGGAGAGUAAGAUUUGGUGUCUAAAUAUAACCACCUAUUCCUACUUUGCCUCUAGAGUUCUGGCUGAUAAGGUGAAAAUACACAGAAUUAAGUCAGAUGGGGCAAAGAAUACAUUUUAUAGGAGGCCCUAUGUUAUCAGUUACAGUCAUUCAUUCAAAAGGACUUACUGAGGGACUUCUACGUGCCGGGCACUGUUCUAGGCAUGGUUUGGAGAGGUGGACAAAACACAAAAAUUCCUUCUCUCAUGGAAAUUAUAUUUGAGUAAUAAGAAAAACAAGGCCGGGCGCGGCGGCUCACGCCUAUAAUCCUAGCACUCUGGGAGG